AUGAUGAAUUUAACGAAUUUAUCACAUUUAUUAUUAUCACAUAUUAUAUCAUUUAUAGAAUCAAAUAUAGAUAGAGUAUGUUUUGCUUUGGUAUCGAAAAGACUCUACUAUGAACGUAGUAAAUAUCUAUAUUUCAAUGUAAAACAUCUGUAUAAGAAUCAUCAGCAACAGUAUCAACAACCUCAAUCAAUAUCAUCACCCUCCUACAGUCAUAGUAAUAGUACAAAUAAAUGGAAAUUGAAAUCAUCACUUUUUAAAUUACAAUCUUUUCAACCUAUCAUUAUAAAAUCAAUAGAUAAAUAUAUAUUAGAUAAUUUAAGUUCAAAUGGAUUAUUUUCAAAGUUUGAAAAUGAACAAAGACACCAAUCGAUAAUCAUCAGAAAUACAAGCGAACUGUCAACGAUACCAAACAAUGUAACUCAUUUAAUGUUUUUCAAUACAUUUAAUCAAUCUAUUCAAGCGAGUGCGAUUCCAGAUCAUAUAUUACACAUAUCGUUUGGCGAGAAGUUCAAUAAACAACUGCGACCAGGCUGUCUGCCACCGCGGCUCGAAAGUCUGUACUUGGGAUGGGCUUUUAACCAAUCAUUGGGAGAAGGCGUUCUUCCACCCACACUCAAACAGCUUACGAUGGCAUCGUUCAAGAGUUUGCCGUCGCGUCAAAUCGUUAUUCCAUCGUCGGUGACUCACCUGGCUUUCGAAGAUGCAUUCGAGCAGACCAUUCCAUCGUCAUCGAUUCCCACGUCGGUCAAGCAUCUCUCUUUCAACUAUGCAUUCACCGAGCCGCUACCGAUUGGCUUGGUACCGUCGACAGUUACACACCUCGCCAUCUAUCUGACCAACUACGAUCGAAAGACAGACAACCCACUGCCGAAACAUGCAUUGCCCGAGGGUGUUGUUGAACUGGACCUGGGUAGCAGGUUCGACAUGAUUCUACAACGAGAUUCAUUGCCUUUGAACCUAGAGAUACUCAAAGUACCAUCGUCAUUCUUCAAGAAGAACAAUAUACUUCAACUACCGGCAUCGAUCAACACAGUAGUAAUAGAAAGUCAAACCAAUAGCUAUACAAUAGGAGUACGUAGAAUAUCAAAUAAUCAAAUCAUAAUAUUAGAUGAAUCAUUACAUGGUGGAUAUAUUACAGAUGAUUCAUUAACAACAACAACUAAUGAUAAUAAUCAUAAACAAUUAAUACCGUUAUUAUUUAAUAAACUAUUAAGAAAAAAAUAA